CAAUACUCACAUUUGCAGUUGUGUGCUUUAAAAAUCGAAAACUUGCCAUAAAACUUCUUAACAAAUUUCCUGAUGUAAUGUACUGGCCCCAAUCGUCGGGAAGACAUCAUUCAAGACGUCGUGCUGUUCGCGUUUUCGGUUAUAUUUCGGAAGCGGGCUGUCGACGAACAGAAAUCCAUUUACAAUGUCGGCCAGCCAAGUUCUCCGCUCCCCCACGCAGCUCCGUCGACCCCUUCCCAUCGAGCAAUCGAAAAAGCCGUUUCUCCAGCAACAACAACAAGAAUUUGAGACACAACCACUGCAACCACCAGCACAACAAUCCUUGCUCAUUGAAGAUGAAGUCCACGGUGUGAUAGAACUACCAAGCCACAUACAAGAGAUCGUUCAGCAUCCGCUCUUCCAACGCCUAAAACAAAUACAUCAAUUGGGCCUGAUACCGUGGUCCAUAGAUAAGAAAGCCAAUCACAAGCGAUACGAUCAUUGUCUUGGGGCUUACAAAAGUGCACAGGAUCACCUAAGGGCCAUAGAACGCAAUUCGCAUUAUGAGCCAAAGCUACCCGAUUGGUGUCGUCUGGCGGUGGAAAUAGCAGCCCUUCUUCACGACAUUGGACAUGGUCCGAUGUCACAUGCUUGGGAGCUUUUGAACCAUCAUCAAUUUGACCACGAGGAAAACGCCUUAGCCUGUGUGGACCUCAUUUUUAAUGAUGCCCUAAACCAGGAGCUGGUCUCCUUAAGGGACGAUGGAAGCGGGCGAGGAGUUCAAUUAAUAAAGGCUCUGAUUCUAGGAUGCAGUGACUCCCUGUCGUUUCCCAUGAUGGGGCAUACCUACAUCUUUGAUAUCGUUCACAAUCGUCGUUGCGGAUUGGAUGUGGAUAAAUGGGAUUAUCUGCGGCGCGACAACAAACGCUUAAAAGUUCUCAACGCAGCGGAAAUGGAUUUUGAUGAUGUGUUUCUUCAGGCGCGUAUAUCGGCAGAUGGACAACGCAUCGAAUACCGUUAUCAGGACUAUCAUCGUAUAUAUCGCCUGUUCGAGGCAAGGUGGCGCCUCCAUAUUGCUUCUUAUCAGCAUCCCCUUACUUGUGCCAUAGAUAUAAUUUUUGGAAGUGCAGUGCAACGUAUAGCUCCUGAACUACUGAAAAUUAGGUCGAAAGACCCAGACUGGCUUAUACUACACGAUGAUCAUGUCCUAAAGAAAAUUGAAUCGGAUCCCAUUUAUAAAUAUAUAAGGGAACCACAACGAAUUGCAGAAGUUUCAAGCAAGAAUGGUUCUGGAUCAAAUAUUAUACGGGUACAUAGGAAAAUACCUGGACCUUGGGAGGCUAUGAAAUCCGAUGAGGCUUUCGCUUUCUUUGGUAAUAAAAGCAAGAAGCGUCCAAUCACUCCAUGCCUGAAAACGACUAUAAUCAACAAGUGCUAUAAGUUAGAGUAAAACCUCGACCAGAAAUUUUCCAUUUGAAAGCAUAGAUUGCGUUAAAUCCGUCAAAUCUCGUAUGCUAUUGUUUUCUCUUUCAUUUUGCUAUCUAUAUUUUAAUAAACAUUUUAUGACAUUAUGUAUUAAUA